AUGGCAAGUGCGAGGAGAGAGAGUUGUACGGUGGAGAUUGAGGUGAAAGGAAAUGGCCAAAGUAGUGUCGAGAUGGCCGGCAACCAUGGCCGCUGUUUCCCAAUACGUGCACAUACGUGUGUGAGUUAUAACAUUCUGAUCCAGGGGUACAUGGAUCUAGGAUAUUACAUGACCCAACAACUAACCCCGAAGAGCGAUGUUUAUAGCUUUGACAUUGUACUUUUGGAGCUGAUAACCAGAAGAAAGCCAAUAGAGUGCAGAAAGAACAUUGUGUGGGAGGUCAAGGAGGCGAUGGACAAUGCAAUGGCAGUUGAAAACUUCUCGGAUUCUGAUUAUGAACCUCCUUCAACUGCCGAUCAUGCCCACGUUGAGAAAAUUGUCUCGUUGAUUGCGGUUUCCAUCCUCUUCAAUCGUGGAAACAUGGGAUCCACGUCCAUUUGA